AUGUUCCCUGCAGGAAACCCUUGGGCACUUGCGACGUCAUCGACAGUCGCAAUUGAGUUCGUAAGCACUAACGUAACCGUUCCCACCCCUCUGCUCCCUCGCACCCCUCUGCUCCCUCCCACCCCUCUGCUCCCUCUCACCCCUCUGCUCCCUCGCACCCCUCUGCUCCCUCCCACACAUCUCCUCCCUCCCUCCCACCCCUCUGCUCCCUCUCUCCCCUCUGUUCCCUCUCUCCCCUCUGUUCCCUCUCUCCCCUCUGUUCCCUCUCUCCCCUCUGUUCCCUCUCUCCCCUCUGUUCCCUCUCUUCCCUCUGUUCCCCCUCUCCCCUCUGUUCCCUCUCUCCCCUCUGCUCCCUGUCACCCCUCUGCUCUCUCUCACCCCGCUGCUCCAGGCGUAGGGAGUGGCAGCACAGGCGGCGGCGGGGCGGUGGAGGCGGGCGUGCAGGUGGCGACGCAGAUCACGGUGCCGGGCGUGUGGUGGCACGGGCGGCCCUUGAAGGGCGGCAGUGGGAAGCAGCGGGUGGGUGCGGUGUGCAAGCAUGUGCACUUCUUUGCCAACCCCGCCUGCAAGGGCAAGCCGCUGGGUCAGGUGCUCAAGCCGCAUUACUCCCUUCUGCGCAAAUUCUUCAAUGUUCCCAGACGUCACCUGCGAGAACACCAAGUGUUCGAGCAACUCCACAUGCACCCCAACGAGUGA